AUGUCGCCGCCUACCUCUGCUCCCCCACCGGCCGCGGACGCUGGCGACGUCUCGGAGGCGGUGGACCGCCUGUGCGCUGCCGCGGCGGCCUGCUCCGAGGGCGGCCUGCGGCUGGGGGCGGGCCACGCGCUGCGUCUUGCGGUGGCCCGCCAGGGCAUGGACGCGGCCAUCGCAGCGGAGCGCUGGGAGGACGCCGCGGUCUUCUCGCGUGCGGUCAGCCGCGCCAGCCGCCUGGUCUACCCCGCCGCGUGGCCCGUGGUCGGGCUCAGCCUGGCGAGGCUGGCCAAGCUGGAGCUAACGGCACUGGUCGGCUACACGUGCAGUCAACCCGUAUAA